GGCCAUUAAACUAGUCGUCUCUCCUCUUCUUUGUUUCCCUCCACAGCAGCUUCGGUUACUUCGAACCUUCCAUCCAUAAAUCCUUCCUUUCUCCUCAUACCAGAACGCAUAGCGGCAUAGGACGACGAGCUCCCUACACAGACGGGAGAGAGAGAGACAGAGAGACGAGGGAGAAGAGGAUGAAGCCCAAGAACGGCGGCGCGGCCGCGGACAGGAGGCUGCCGCCGAGGUGGAUACUCCUCUGCGCGUUCAGCUUCGGCCUCGGCAUGCUGUUCUCCGACCAGUUUGGAUCGGUGCCGGAGUGGCAGAAACCGUUGGCGGCGCAGCGCCGGGUGCAGGACAGGAAGCUGCAGAUCCUUGAUGAAGAUUUUGUUGCCAAGCCGAAACCAACGGACGACAGAGACGUGAUGAGCGAAGUAACAAAGACUCAUGAAGCCAUACAAUAUCUAGAUAAGUCCAUUGCCACUCUACAAAUGGAGCUGGCAGGUAAGCGCAGCACACUCGAGCUACUUGGCAAUGGAAAUGGUAUAAGCCAGCAAAGGAAGAAAGCUUUUGUAGUGAUUGGGAUCAACACUGCAUUCAGUAGCAGGAAGCGUCGGGAUUCUGUUCGGCAGACCUGGAUGCCUCAAGGUGAGGAACUCAAGAAAUUGGAAGAGGAGAAGGGAAUCAUCAUUCGGUUUAUGAUAGGACAUAGUGCUACGUCAAACAAUGUGCUUGAUAAAGAAAUAGACGCAGAGGAUGCCGCUCAUCAUGAUUUUCUUAGGCUGGACCAUGUUGAAGGGUAUCACGAGCUAUCUGCAAAGACCAAGAUAUUCUUUUCCACUGCUGUGGCAUUAUGGGAUGCUGAUUUCUAUGUCAAGGUGGAUGAUGAUGUUCAUGUCAACCUUGGAAUGCUGAUCACAACCCUUGGUCGGCAUAAAUUGAAACCCCGGGUUUAUAUUGGGUGCAUGAAAUCAGGACCAGUUCUUGCUGACAAAAAUGUGAAAUACCACGAGCCUGAGUUCUGGAAGUUUGGCGAAGACGGGAACAAGUAUUUCCGCCAUGCCACUGGGCAGAUAUAUGCCAUCUCAAAGGACCUUGCCACAUACAUCUCGAUCAACCGGCCUAUAUUGCACAAAUAUGCAAACGAAGACGUUUCACUUGGCGCAUGGUUUAUCGGUUUAGACGUGGAGCACAUUGACGACAGAGACAUGUGCUGUGGAACACCACCAGACUGCGAAUGGAAAGCGCAAGCAGGAAAUAUUUGUGUUGCAUCAUUCGACUGGAAGUGUAGUGGGGUCUGCAAUCCAGUUGAAAGGUUGAAGUAUGUGCACUCGAGAUGCAGUGAAGGAGAUGAUGCAAUUUGGAGCGCUUCAUUCUGACGAGAUGCUAACAAGCUUUCACAGCUUCACAGACUAAGAGAUGGGUUCAUAUAAUCAUACGUUUGUGCAGACAGUAUCCGUCUCCUUGAAGUUCAGAGCUUUGCAAAUCGCAGUGGGAAAAGAAUUAGAAGAGAUAGAAACAUAUACAUACACCUGAUGAAGGAAUUGGCAGAACGAUAAACUGAACUUAGACACCACCUCCCUUUUUCUUUAUUAGGAUGGAACAUUGAAGACGUGGGUAUACAUUCUUCAGGGGAAUGUGGCUAGUACACAUGUUGAUUGUCAUAGUACAGAAAGAAAAAUGGUUACAUUAAAUUAAUUCAUUCGUUAGUAUGAAAUCUGAUUAGUCCGUAUCUGAACUUCUUGUGGCGACCAUUUUAAGUACAUGCGGAGACCGAAAAUAUAUGCUACAAUCGUCUGGCGAAAAUAUAUGCUACAAUCAUACUAUGAUUUUUGCAA